UCGUUCUCUGUCUCUCGGCGGCGGCAGCUCAGGGAGGCAGCUGUAUGUGCGUCUGCAUAACAAUUGCCACAGGUAAAGACAGCUGCAUCGUCGGAUGUUGCCAACCCCACAGGGGGUUAGGGAGCCUUUGCUGCUGCGGUUGCAAGUUCUCAUCCCAGCGCGGGGUGCACAUUUCUAAUCAUCUCCAAGAAAGCAUCCUGGAGGGGAAGGACGAGCAGAGGAUCCCAGCAACCCGACCAACAAAUCACAAGCUGAUUCGAAAGAGCACGGGCUUUCAGGGACUGAGGAGAAAACACCACUCAGAGAGAGAGAAGAGAGAAUCAGUGGGAUAUUUUUAAACAUUGUAGCCUCCUGUUUGUGUUUUUGCUCGUCUCUUGCUUUCUACUCUUUCUGUUUCAAUCAUUUUCAUCCACUCCCUGCCUUUCGUCCUUUUCCUCUCUCAUUUUAUCUGUCUGUGGCGGAAUGUUCCCUGCAAAUAGAUGAGAAGAGGCUUUCUGUGCGCUUGCUGCAGUAUUAACGGACAGUGUACUGAGACAGCAGGGCGCUGAGCGGACAGCUUGGGGAAAUCUGAUCCACAGCCGGCUGGAGAAGGAGCAGGAUCACGCGUCGCAGUUGCAGAUUUAUCCGCCCUGUGAUACCACUGCGCGACAACACCCCUCAUUAUUUUUUUUUUACCCUCUCCCUCUCUCAGUCCUCAUCUGAAGUGUUGCUUUUUGACUGGAUCAGGAACAUUAAUUGGAUUCUACUGCUUUUUUCAGCCUCACUGGAAUUUAGAGCACAGCAUAAAGUGGGUUUGGAUCCAAAGAGUGAAAAAUAAAAAUAUCCUCAGUAAAGGAAAGGCUAGUUGAAAAAGCAACACGCGCAAAGACAGCGGAUAAUCCAAGGAGAGUGUACGACACAGGCAUAAACGACAGAUCUCUCGCUCUCUUUCAGUAACGAAAGAGACAGGUUUUGGGAGCUGAGGGACGCUGACUCGGCUAAAGCAGUUGGAACAGGCUGCAUUGGGAAACAUCUUUCAUUUUUUUGGUCCUGCACAGGGUGGGGAGGUAACAAGACCCACCCUGCAAGUUUCACUCCCCUGAUUAGACAAUACUGUCCCGUCGUGGAUCGUGCUUGGAGGGGACAUAUUUGCAUGUUCAGUGGAAAUAGCUGUGGAUUUUUGCUGCAGUGACAUCCGAGCACUGAUGCCACAGAUUCCUCACAUGCACAGAUGUAAAGCUGUUCCUUCCCACCCAUCUCUCCCUCCCGCUCCUCUUUCUCCCUCUUAGAAGCAUCUUCCUCUUCUUCUUCUCCUCCCCUGGCUUACCCUACUGUGAACGUUCUUGAAGUUCACUGUGACUUCAGUUGGACAUCGGGAGUUGGGCAGGACUAAACGCGGACUAAUCGGGCGAUUAUCCGUCUACGCCAGCUCUCCCAUUUCUCACUGGGUGUCUCUGAGUGUGAGUGUGUGUGCUUGUGUGUUUGUGGUUGCGUGUCUGCAUGUACCUCCUGCACCCCUCCCCUUCUCUCUAUCCUUGGAUUACAUAUUUGUGUACGUGUUAUUGAGCGUCCGAUUCCCGUGAAGUCUUUUUGUAUCCAUCUCUCCACCUUUCCCGUUGUCUCUUCUUGUUAUCCGGCAUUGUUGGGAACCUUUCUGCCAUGUGCCGCCGAUGCUUAUCACAGGGUUAACCCUCAAUGAGCCAUAACGGACGGCAGGGAAGGAUGAGCGAGUGUUCUGGGGCAGCUGUUUCCGGGGCGGUGAUCCUGGAGGAACCUGAGGGUUCGGGGGCUUCAGGGGGCCGUGGCGAGGGCCAGGCCCAGGAGCAGGGUCCCCUUCGCUGUGCAGUUUGGCCUCGCCAGCAGACAUGGCUGUGUGUGGUCCCCUUACUUAUCGGUUUCAUUGGCCUUGGAUUGAGCCUGAUGCUGUUGAAAUGGAUUGUCGUUGGUACAGUGCGGGAUUAUGUGCCAACAGAUCUGGUGGAUGCUAAUCGAAUAGGCCAGGAUCCUAUCUUCCUGUCCAAGCCAAGCGGGAUUCCCAAAAGUCCUGAUACUACCACCACAACUACCCCUACAGUUGACGGCGGGAACCCCACACUUAGAACUGUAACUGUAGCGAAAGGUAGAACUCGUUCCACCGCUACCACCACGACUAUAAACCCUAGAGGUGGAGGAGCCUCGGGUAGCCAGGUAACCCCUCGGAAUCCUGUAAAUCGUAAUGGACGUGGACCUUCAGGUUUUACUACAACCACUGCAGCACCACGGACAACCUUCGUAAUUGGAGCCGCAACUUCUAGCCCCUCACCGUCCAAUCCAACUGUACUCCAUGACUCUACGCAGAUGUGGACGCUGGAGCAUACUACUACUGAGACGGUCUCCACCACGCUCACCACGCGUACGCAUGGCCACCGCAAAACACCAUCUCCAACUGUCCCUCCGCUGCACUCGGAGCAUUUCAAACCCUGUCAUGAGAAGGACCUGGCCUACUGCCUGAACGGUGGCGAAUGCUUUGUCAUUGAGACGCUUAGCGGGCCUCACAAGCACUGCAAGUGUCGAGAGGGCUACCAGGGAAUCCGCUGUGACCAGUUUCUGCCAAAGACAGACUCCAUCCUAUCUGACCCAAAUCACUUGGGCAUCGAGUUUAUGGAGAGCAAAGAAGUGUACAAGAGACAAGUGCUGUCAAUCACAUCCAUCGCUAUGGCGAUCAGCCUCCUGGGAACCCUGUGCAUGGCCCUCUACUGCCGCAACAAGAGGCGCAGAGAGAAGCUCCAGGCCCACCUGAAGGAGAGCCGCAGUUUGAAAAACUACACUGCAAAUGCCCAUAAUGCCCUGGAUGCAAAGAUGAGGACCCCUAACACCAACCUGCAAAUGCAUGAGUACUGCAAACGCUCCUCCCAGUCUCGCCAGGGAAACGUUUGUGAGUCCAGCUUUGCCCACUGCAACAUCUCCACCACACCCUCCAGCAGCUCCAGAGGCACAGCGAAACACCACAGAAGUGGUUCCUUGUCUCACAGCCCUGAUCAGAGAUCCCGGGCAGCCCAUUGGUCAGCGCCACGCAGGACCCCGCCCAUACCCAGGGGACGACUAAAUCCAAUUGGAGGAUCCAAGUAUUCAGGCCCUGCCUACCAACACCUCCAGGAAGUAGAUUCAUCUGAGAGGGAGGCCGAGGCACAAAGAGGUUGCCAAACGCAGGCAGAGAGCCAAUGUGACGACCCCAGACGAGAUGCCUUCCUACAUAUGCAAACUCCUGUUUCCAUGGAGACAUCGUCGCCUUGGAGUGGCCGCAUGGAGGUGCAUUCAGGCCCGUGCGCCCCGUCCGAGCACAGCGAUCCAAACCCCACCACCCACAGUCUGCGCAGGCCUGGACGCCGUCACAGCCACUCCCCGCCUCCUCCAUUUCGCUCCUGCUCUAUCCCCAUCAUCCCCUCCGUCCAGUGUCACCAUGACAACGAGGUGUCUUGUAUGCAAACCAGCGUCACACCGGUGACCACAGCGAUGUCAUCCACCUGUGGAGCCAUGCCCUGCAAGGAAGCGAGGAGAGAGAAGGCAGCACACGCCACUUUGUCUUCUUCUUCCUGUUCAUCUGCCAUUGGUCAGCAGCAGGAUGAGGUGGCGCUGCUGCUGGAGGAGGCGCAGGAGCAGCUCAGGGCAUUGGCGUUGGCUCACAGGAGGCAGGAAGAAGGUGGGAUCAGCAGCAGCGGAUUGACGGCUACGCUGGUGGAGGCCAGAGAAACUGUUUGCUUCCUGAACCUUAAUGGAGGAAGUGCCGGGGCACUGAGCUGUAACGGACCCACGCAGACCCAGUUACUCAGCCCCAGCAUAUCACACAGAGACCUGGGCCAAACCAGCCAAUGAGAGGACAUAAUUUAGGACAUUCACUUUCGGUUUGACAGUGUUUGACAGACUCUGGUGUUCUGCAUCUGUGGGACGCAAAUGGAAAUGCGGAAUUUAAAAAAAAAAAAAAAAUGUAAUAUCAUGGAAAUUCUGAAAAUGUGCUGAUGAUAUGCAUACUGUAUGGAUACAAACAUACAAACACUUCUCGAGUGGCCGCCUUUACACCGACUGACAGUAUGGAAAAAGAGAAAAAAAAAUAUUUACAUGCAUUUAUUUACAAAACAAGAGAAACACUUCUACUUAGACAAAAAGAAACCAAAUAGUCUGUCAACUCCAUGGUGUUUUUAAUUGUAAAAAGAAUAUAUAAAUAUAUAUAUAAAUAUAUAUGGAUAUAAAUAUAUGGAAUUCAAAAAGUGACCAAGUACAAAGUUGAAGAACACAGGAAUGAUGUAACUAUUUUCUUUUAUUUUUCUCCUCCCUGUUUUGUAUUAACCCUGUCACAUUUUGGUUCUGGCUCAGUUCUGACGAAGGAACUUCAUUAACGUCCAGCCACACGUCCGCCGGCCGUGAGUCGGAUUCUGUGAGUGUGCACGGAAUCCAAAGCGGCCGACGAGGAAGGAGCCUCCACACCAAUUUCCCCCCUCUGGCCUUUUGAAAACUCGUCUACCCAGCCAAGAAUUACAGUACAGCCCUCUGUGGUUACCAACAACACUUUGAGGAUUUACGAUACAAAACAAAAACUCCCCGGCCGCGUGUGUGUAUGUGUGUGUGUCAGUGUGUGUGCUCAAGUGCAGCGAGGGAAGAGAGGGAGAAGAAGAAAAAACAGGAAACAACUUCUUCUACAGUUGGUCAGAUUUGGGAGGGCGGAUUGUUAAAGACAGCACAGAUGCUGACUCCCUUUUGGCCAGCGUUUCAAACCAAUCUAGAUUAUUUUUGUUUUUGUUACAAAUGAUAUUUUCACACACAUAUGCGCACACACUCACCUGUGCAUUAUUUUUUGGUUUGUUGGAUGGUUGGUCAGAUGGUCGGAUGAAUGGACAGAAGGACAAAGGAAGGACAGAGGGCUACGAGGCACCACAGGAGCUAAUCUGACAUUUUUUAGUUUCUUUUAUUUUCCAUUUUUGGUUAUUAAUGAACAAUGCUGCUUUCUGGGGCUGAUGGGAGGGAGAACCACGUGGUUUGGGUAUUGAAACAAAUAAAUGUCUCUAUGUUGUAUCCUAUGAAUUGGAAGCUUUUGAAUCUCUGUAUGAACUGACAGCCAAAUGUUUCUGGUGACAAAAAGUAAAAAAUUGGUUGCAAUUCUGGUAAAGAUUUUUUUCAAAAUAACACUUGUUUUUGGUUGAUUGCUUGGAAGACAUUUUGACCCUGUCGAAAAACAUGCAUGCUGGAUAACAUCAGUCUGGUUUACACUGAUAUGCUGGUUGUGUCCUUUGGCCUUCUCACACACAAACUGGUCUAAACUGGCUUGAGACCAGUUUUCACAAUGUUAGCUGGUAGUUCCCUCUUUUCACCAUGCUGCCUAGAAUACAGAGGUCAGUGAUAAAUAUUGUUUUUAUUUCAAAAUGCAACACUAUACCAACCCAGUCGCCAGGAAAAAAUGUUUGCAUUGUACGUUUCUGCUAACCAUGAAUAUAUUACAUUUGUACAUUAAUAUGUAGCUGACUUGUUGAAACUUUGGAUUACGCUUCAACAAUGUGGUUGUGUUUAGGCACAAAAAAACUUUGGUAUGGUGAGGAAAAGGCCAUGUUUCUGCUUAAAAUGUUGGUGGGGACACACUAAAACUAAAACUUAAUGCUUCUCAACAAGCUGUGGUUAACAUGCCGUUAUGCUCGGGCACAAAAACCACCAAAACACCUGUCACUUGGAAGGGAUCAUGUUUUGGCUUAAAAUACGUGUUUAAUGGCACAAAAGCUGCAAGAAUAAAAAAAACAGGUUAGUGAAAAACACACAAGUUGGGUGGCUUGAACACCACUAGGAAACGCCCCCAACGUUAGUUGUUGACGUUCAGGGUUUGGCAUUCUUAUUGAAAGUGAACACUGGCAUCCCAGGUGAGAGUCGGUGGUUGUUGGACCCAUCCACCACCUCUCUCUACUCAACUUUCGCCCUCUUAACUUACACUGUUGUCUGGCCGCGUUUGCCCCCGACACCACUGGGCACUGUUGCGGAUUAACAUAUCAUGCCAACAUGAAAGGACAGCUAUUUUGCCAGUGUCUGACGCCCCAAGUCACUGACCAAGUGCCAGCACUUGACAACUUUUGAGUUAGACUGGGUUGAGUAUGUUGGUGCCACAAACACUGGUGGAAACACUUUCAAAGGGCCAAAAACUACUGGUGGUGUUGUUUGUUGGUCUGAAGUUUGGCAGGUGUCUCACAUAUGUGAUGCGCCAUUCACCAUGACCUCCACCUGUCAUUGACAAAGUCUGCUUAUAUACUACGUCGCUUUAGAGCCGUUGAUGAUGAUGAUGAUGAUGAUGAUGAUAUGUAUGAAAUGGCAAAUUUUACGUACUCAUGGUUUGCAGGAACAUACAAUGCGAGCAUUUUCCUCUGUCAACUGGGCUGACUAUAUAUCCAUUAAUGAAAAUAUCUUGAUACUCACAUGUUG